AUGUAUAUUCGUCUAACUAAUCCUUCUUUACAUUUAUCAUUAUUUUUUAAACAUGUAAAAACUUUUUCGACAAUAUCAUCCAAUAUUGUGAAACAAUAUCCAAAUUAUAGUGAACGUCAAUUAGAUGUUGUUAUAAAUACAGCAGCAGGUGAUGAAUUUAUUGAAAUUGAUCGUGAAACAACAAUUAAAGUAGCUAGACCAGCAACAUUUCUUCGAGCAAAUGUUAAUUAUGUUGAUACAAAUCCAUUAGGUGAUAAAAAUCAACCUAUUGUUUUACUUGUUCAUGGUUAUCCAGGUACACAUGAAUCAACACGAAAUUUUAUUGAAGAAUUUCAACAAAGAAAUUUUCGUUGUAUUGCACCAGAUAUGCCUUAUUGUGGUAAAACAAAAAUGCCGCUAUGGAGUGGAUUAAUUUGGAAAAAUUCAGUUCUUUUACGUGCAAGAUUUCUUGGAGAAUUACUUAAAUUGAUUAUGGGUGAUAAAUUAAUACCUAUUCAUACUGUUAUAGGUUUUCAUGAAAAUGCAUAUACAUUAAUGUCACUGAUUGAUCAAUAUGAAUAUUUUCGUUGUAAAUCAUUAGUUAUGGUUGAUCCUGCACCAAGAAAACUCAUUCGGUUUCUUCCGCUAGCAAAAUUUGCAUUUGACUUCGGUCGUAUUCCAUUACAUUGGCCAGUAGCAAAAUAUCUAUUAAAAAUUCUUGGUUAUAAAGAAUUAUUAAAAUAUUCUCAACGUGAAAUAAUGGGUGCUUUACGUAUCUGGAUGCUGGAAGAUACAAAUCAAUAUGAUGCGUAUAUACAUAAUCUGUGGUUGUCUCGUUUACAGACAUUGGUGAUUUUAUCAGAAGAAGAUAAAAUUUUGGAUAAGAAUUUAUUAGAUGCAUUAAUCAAAGAUUUAGCUGUUGAACCUUUCAAUAAAUCAAAUAUGGCUAAUGCGGUUAUAAAAAAAUAUGCUUGCAAUCAUAAUGAAUUACUAACUGAUCGUAUUAGUUAUGUUGCCAAUGACAUUGAGACGUUUCUUUCGAUGCCUUUCAAAUCACCAUCUGCCACCAUGACAUCAUCGACAAUAACAAAAGAAAAAGAAAGAAAACAAUAUGUCCAAACCGCUACCAACAAUAGCGAAAAAUCAAAAUCAAAUAUUGAAUUCGAUGAAACAUCAUAUAAACGUGCUAGUACAAAUGAUUUUUUUGCUAAAGCAUUUGGUCCAACUCAAUCCGAAUUAAAACCAAGUCAAUCACAUAGUAUACGUUCAGCAGCUGAAAAAAUAGCUGGUGGUUUUUUUGAACGACCAUCACAUGAUGCACCAAGAGAAACAUUAGCAUCAGUUAAAGAAGAAAUGAGAAAGAAAAAAAUUCGCAUUGAGACGAAAAAUUAA